AUGGCGCCGCCUAAGAAGUCCACUUUCGGCGCCUACGCUUCGGGCACCGAUACCGAGACGGAAGCACCAGCAACCAUGAAUCCAAAGACGUCGCCCAACAAGACCAAGAAUCAGGAUUGGCACGACAAACAUGGCCCUGCCACCAAGUUGGGCUCCUCGGCCAGACCCUCUGCCUCGACCAAGCAGCCCGAAAGUGCAGAAGCCAUCCAGAAUGUACGCGCCACACGUUCAUCUUCGAGACAGCCACGCGCUGCUCCGCCGUCUAAAGAAGCUCCCCCCUUGCCCACUUCGCCCGCCAGAAAGCCGCACUCCCCUUCCAAACCCACGCGCUCUCCCACCAAACCCGUCCAGUCGCCAACCAAACUCUCCAGCUCUCCAGUCCGUUCCCGAAGUCGCCCCCAAGCAUCAGCUUCUCCCACAAAGUCAGCUGCUCCCGACAAGCCAGCUUCUCCCAAGAAAGCUGCUGCAACCGAAAAGCCAAAGACCAAAACUCCUCGAGCCCGCACCGUCUCGCCAGCUAAGCGUCGUCUGAUCAUCGCAGAUUCUCCCCCUCCAGAACACAUGUUGGACCCCUUCCCUCCAGCACCUCCACCCAUGACCGUCACCGACAAGCCUGCUGUUCUGAACCGCUACGGUCAAAAGGUGGUAGCCCCUGUCGACGUCAGGCAAAGAAUGCGCCAGAUGAUCAACUUCUUGUCCGACGAAGGCGUCGAGAACCUGGUCGACUUUGAGGAGAAAUUGGGCAGGAUCAAGACCUGGCUGGACAUAAACCACCCCCACAUGGACGGCAUCACUCCUGACCACGAGGAAGACCCCGAGAACCUCUGCGCCAGGGUCCGCUACAUGAUUUGGAUCCAUGAGAACCGCAUUGCCGAGGGCGCCGAACAAUGGUUCACCCGCGACCAGUUCCCCGACAGCACUUCGAUGAUCAAGCCCAUCAAGCCCAACAAGGAUGACCAGUGGCGUCUGUACCCGGAUGGCACCACUCUCGGCAGACCCCAAGACCCCAAGAAUCAAGUCAUGCAGGCUCAAGACAAGGAAAUCGCGGCCAAGAAUCGCGCUGACAAGGCCGCCGCCGCUGCCAAAGCCGCCGAGCUCGCCAAAGCCAGUCCAAAGAAGCCUGCGGCUGCCGCUGCUCGUCUCAACCUGCCCGAGUUACCCCAUCCAGAAGUCUGGCAUCGUAAGGAGGCUGCCCGCUUCCCCUACGGCGAGACUCCUCACAUGGAGCAAGUCAUGAGCAGACAGAUAACAGCUGAUUUGGCCCGUGGCAGAGAAGCAAGGGACGCUCUCCAAGGUGGCUCUUUCUACACUCUCAAGAAAGUCCUUGGUGGCAUGAAGAAAUACCUAUACCCCGAACAGAUUGUCCCGUCCCAUGACCCCUGGAAACUGCCCGAGAUCUCGGAAGAGGAUCUCAUGGUAGCCGAUCAGAUAUUCAACGUGAUCCACAAGAACGAGACUACUGGUGGAAAGAGAAGGGCCAACCCAAGUCGAAGCAGGUCACCUGCAAAGCGUGCCAGAACAUGA